AUGGGUUGUUUAAAAUCCAAACCUGCCACCGACUACCCUAACAAAACACUCUCGAUAGUAGAAACCGUAUAUCAAGAUAAAAACAUAGAUAAAAUAGAAUUAAAUAAACUGGGAGAUGUGAAAAAAUUAAAUCAUGUUAAUAACACCAAUCCUAAACUCAAUGCCUACAACAAAUUGCCUCCAAUUGGCCUCCAACAAACCUACAAAGCCAAAUUCGAUCCUAAAGUUACAACAAAGUAUGACAUAAAAGCCCUAAUUGGUAAAGGUUGUCACAGUAGGGUGGUUAGGGUGGAGAAUAAAGCGUCAAAACAGCCGUAUGCCAUAAAAGUCAUCGAUCGAGUCAAGGCCGGGGACAUGUGUGAGUCUGAAUUGAAUGUUCUCAGGAGAGUUCGACAUCCUAAUAUCAUAAGACUAGUAGAGGUUAUCGAAUCUGUGAAAAAGUUAUAUCUAGUUGUUGAAUUAGCCACCGGGGGAGAGCUAUUUGAAAGGAUCAUUACAAAAGUGUACUUUACAGAAACUGAUGCAGUAAAAACACUAAAAAUGAUUCUUAAUGGAGCUUCAUACCUUCACAGUCUCGGAAUAGCCCAUCGAGAUCUGAAGCCGGAGAACAUCCUCUAUUAUCACCCGGGGGCUGACUCUAAACUCCUGAUCACUGAUUUCGGUCUCAGUGGCUUUGGUGUGAUGUCGACAACCUGUGGUACACCUGAGUAUAUUGCUCCUGAAGUCCUGGCUAGGCAGCCAUAUACGUGCCAGGUUGAUGUCUGGGCCAUAGGAGUCAUAACAUUUAUACUUCUUAGUGGUACGGUUCCAUUCGAGGACGACAACAGAUCUAGAUUGUACAGGAGUAUCUUGAAGGCCAAAUAUUAUUAUGAUACUGAUCACUGGAAAGACACCUCACAGUCCGCCAGAGACUUCAUAGACAGUUUGUUAGUGGUCGACCCUUCGAAACGUUUGACCUCUGCCAUGGCCUUGAAGCACCCCUGGAUCACGAACCCUCCUUCGACUGGUUCCUCCUCCAUGACCAAUAGCAGCAAAGACAUGAGCGGUAGUGGUCAUCCGCCCGUCUCCACGACCGCUUCUGCUGCCAGUACUGGGGUCAAUUCAAACGAACAGUCAUCAUCUGUUAGAUGUAGCGAAAAAGGUCGGUGUGUGUUUGUCUGUCUGGUCUUAGAUUGGUCUGGCCCUAAUUAA